GACCAGGGCAGGCGAUCGUCGUCUCCAAGGUUGGGUUCUCGAUGAGCGGAAAGCCUAUCGGCAGCUGCCGAUCCUGCCGCAGCAUCGCAAGUUCAGUGUGAUCUGCCUCAAGGAUCUUGAAGAUGAUCGUCCUAAGUACUUCGUCAUGAUCGGCCAUUCUUUCGUUCUAGUCUCGGCGGUGUACAACUAUAAUCGCCGAUCGGCUGCUUUGAACGAUGUCUUCACUCGUCUGUUCAAGAUGGUGUCGUUCAACUUCUACGACGACAAGUACGGGUUCGAGACAGAGCUCACUACCCGGUCGGCAAAGCUCGUCGCCGAAACGAUCCAUUGGCUCCUUGGCGCGUCGUUCGACCAGAAGAAGCUCCAGCUUUCAUCUCUUCCGGUGGUCUUGGGAGUUACGUUUAACCUUGAGGACUUUCUCCUUGAGAUCAAAGAGGAAAGGAAGGCGGAGCUCGUCGAGUCGAUCGACGCGAUCCUGACAUCAGGUAGCUUGGAUCCAGGGACGGCAGGGAAGCUCAAGGGCAGGCUCAUGUUUGGCGCGAGCCAGCUCUGGGGUAAGGUAGGCCUGCCGUUCUUCCGGCCUAUUUCGGAAAGACAGUACUCGAAGGAUCUGAGUGGCGAUCGCAUGGACCUCAACGAAGCCCUGAAGCGCUCGCUGAUCUGCUGGAGGGGCCUUGUCGUGUGCGGUCCACCUCGGGAGAUCUCCUUGCGUGCUUCGAAGAGGUCCGACAUCGUGAUCUUCACGGACGGUUUCACUCCUGAUCAGAGGAAAGCUGAGUGCGGACCCGAUCGAGUUGGAGCAGUGAUGUUCGAUAGGCGGGGUCUCGCGCCGAAGCAGUUUACGGAGGCGAUCCCUCAUUCGAUUUCUGAGAAGUGGAUCCCUCGGAAGAUCCAGAUCGUACCGAUUGAGAUGAUUGCUCCCAUCUUAGCUCUGGAAACCUUCCGGGGUUUCUGCGUGGAGUGGCUAGGGAUGGAAACUGGGUAUCCCACUUGGAAGCUGGGACUUCUUCUAAAGCGCGCCUUGGUUGGUGGAGUGGCUCCGUUCGCUAGCCCGGACUGGGACCUCGGAGACCCCAACAACCUGGCUACUCUGGUCGGGGUGCGGCUUUGGGUGCCCGACGGCGAGGCGAUGACCACCAAGUUCCCUUCCACGCUAACCCUCAUGGAGCUGGCAGAGGAGCUAUCUGCAAAGAAGUGUGAGCUCCAGCUGCAGUGGAUCCGACGAGACCUGAAUCAGCUAGCGGACGAUCUCACAAACGACAGCUUCGCUGAUAGACCUGGACAGGACAGGGAAGCGCUAGAGUGGCGGGUGAUAGGUCGACUUCUCACCCAUGCAACCCAUCGCUACGAGGUUCUCGAGGAGAGCCCGUAA